UUAGAAAUGUAAUUGUGUUUCGGGGGGUGGGGUCAGAGGUCAGGGUUCACCGGGUCCAGGCGCCCUGGAGCCUCGGGAUGUCGAUGUGAAGGUCUUCAUUUCCCCCGAAAAGGCACCGGCGGAAGAUGCACAGCCUGGGAGCGGGAGCGCCGGUUACUGCGCUGGCUCAGGUGGAUCGUGAGAAGAUUUACCAGUGGAUCAAUGAGCUAUCCAGCCCCGAGACCCGGGAAAAUGCCUUGUUAGAACUCAGCAAGAAGAGGGAAUCGGUGCCUGACCUGGCCCCCAUGCUCUGGCACUCUUUCGGAACUAUUGCUGCCCUCCUACAGGAAAUUGUAAAUAUUUAUCCAUCUAUCAACCCUCCAACUCUCACAGCUCAUCAAUCUAACCGCGUGUGUAAUGCACUCGCAUUGUUACAAUGCGUAGCAUCACAUCCAGAAACCAGGUCAGCAUUUCUAGCAGCUCAUAUCCCGCUGUUUCUCUAUCCAUUCUUGCACACAGUCAGUAAGACGAGACCCUUUGAGUAUCUGCGACUCACCAGCCUGGGUGUUAUAGGCGCCUUAGUGAAAACAGAUGAACAGGAAGUCAUCAACUUCCUUUUGACAACAGAAAUUAUUCCUCUCUGCCUCCGGAUAAUGGAGUCAGGAAGUGAAUUGUCCAAAACGGUUGCAACUUUUAUUCUGCAGAAGAUCCUGUUGGAUGACACAGGACUGGCUUACAUCUGUCAGACGUACGAACGAUUCUCUCAUGUGGCCAUGAUUCUGGGUAAGAUGGUGCUGCAGCUCUCCAAAGAGCCCUCAGCCAGAUUGUUGAAACAUGUCGUUCGUUGCUACCUUCGUCUCUCUGACAAUCCAAGGGCAAGGGAGGCGCUCCGACAGUGCCUGCCCGACCAGCUGAAAGAUACCACGUUUGCCCAGGUGCUGAAAGAUGAUACUACUACCAAGCGUUGGCUGGCCCAACUUGUCAAGAAUCUCCAGGAGGGACAGGUUACCGACCCCCGGGGAAUCCCCCUGCCACCCCAGUGACUGAAGUGACCCUCCUAUAGGCUGAGGCCAUCAGGCAGCAUCGUUGCUGGCGCAGUCUGGGAUUUGGGGAGUGGGGCAAUGCUCUAUUUGUACAGAUCACUGUGGUCUUUGAAAUAAUGGGGAUGUUGGACUCCUGAGAUUCUGGACAGUGAACUGUGGAGUACAUUACUGGACAACCCGUCUUCUUUGCUCUUCCGUCUCUCUGCUGCCAAAUAGCACUCAUUUACAACAUGGACUGUGAUUGAAUGAGCCAAGCUGAGCUAAUUUUGAUGAGUGGUUUGUCCUGGUUCUAGGCCUGUGUGAAGGGGACUUCUCUCUGUUACAUGUAGCCUCACUGCAUCAGAAAGUAGGGAAUAGUUGAGUCCCAAUGUGAGGCCAUUCAUGACUUCUAAAAUUAUUCCUACUCUCUCCCAUUAAUCCUUUUUGACAUGCCAAUGCAUAUUCUCACCAGCCCCACACACUCCUUGCGUUGUACUGUAGGGAGAGACAUUUCCUGCACUGAGGUACAUUGCCUGUGCUUCCUGCUGGUCUCCUCCUGCACCUAUUACUUUGGAGCUUCACUGAUGAUCCGAGCUAAGACUGGAAGGUUGUACUGUGGUGUAGGCUCUCCUUUUCGUCAGGCAUGGAUGGGAGAUGUGUAACUCAGUUGAGAGAUCUGUGUGAGUAAACAGUUCUCUGGGAAGGUAGUCCACUAAUUUGACCAUUCAUGGGCUCAGUCUCUGGAAACUUGAACUGUUUUCCUUCAGUAUAUUCCAGCAAUGUUUCCGUUCACCCAACCCUCCCACCUAGCCUCCCUUCCCAGACCUCCAACAAGUCUAUGUUUUCAGGGUAUCCGUUCUCCUGUGUGCUGUUUGCUGGCUGGCUGUUGUAGAGGACACCCCAAUCCCAAGCUCUGGCCCAGCUGAAUCUCCCUUCGCCUCUGUUUCACCAGUGAGAGAACUUUAAGGUCAGACAGCACUUCAGUCACUACUGGGUGGCAGCUCGUUAAUAUUGGGGCACAGCUGUCCCAGCACCCCAAACUGCCUUAACACAUUCCAGCCUGACUUACUGAAGCCUCAGGACCCCUGGGGUCCAGUCACACCUCCAGGAUACCUCUUACAGUAAUCCUCCCAUUCCCAUCCACCUCUGUCCCAAUCCCAUGUAGAUUCUGGGCUAGUUCUGGCCUGGGCUUUCUUUAAGGGGAGGGGGGUACAUUGAAACCUACAUGUAAUAACUUUUUUAAAAAUACCGUUACGUUAACCAGUAGAUUGUGUUGAGGAAAAUGUUGCAUUGAGAUCUAUUUACUGUGAGCCCCAUAAUGGUCCAGGGGUGUUUAUAACAAUGAUAGCUGCCACUUAACCCCUUGCUGGUGCACGUGAUGAUUAUCCCUCACUGCCCCUCCUUCCCUAGCUUGGUGUACAGUGGGUAUGUGUGCCCCCAUAUAUGGUGCAUUACCGUCUGGUAUACAGAGUCUGCGUGGUGUCACUUAACACCAUUCAUUGAAUUCCUCAUUGAUCUGCAACUUUCUGUCAGUGUGUUAGCACUCUGCGAUCGGCGUAAUGCUCCUCUCCCUGGUAGGUUAGCUGGGGAGAGGGGGCAUUCAGUCAGGCUGGGGGUUACCCUGUAGGGAGCUGCUUUGCCUUACUGCCAGUUGAGGCCUUUAUAUAGGUAAUUAAUGCCCCCAUUUAAAAGCCACCUCCUGUUGCUGGUGUUCUCCCAGUGGUGAGAAGUGGGGACAGACGGCAGAAAGCUCAAUGGGAAAACCCCGGUGGGAAUUGCUUGUGGAUCUUUGGGAAUGCCCCUCAAUCGAAGGAUUCAGAUUAAAGACUAGACUUUGGGAAGGGGGUGGCCUUCUGGGAGCAGUGAUGCCCCUAUCCCCCUUGCCCUGACCUGCUGAGCGAUUGAAGAGCCUCUACCUCUUGAUCUCAGGGUAGGUCCACUGCUGCCGUCUUCAUCGGCGUUGACCGUAAUUCAGUCCAUAUUCUCAAAAAGAGAUAAUGUAGGGAUCUCUCCAUCUCUUUAGGGGCUGAUUUCUAUUAAAUACCAUCAUGUGUGUCUCGGUAGAAAUGUGUGAGAUUUGUAGAGUGAAGGAGGAGGGCAGUGUUGCUGCAGGUCAAUGGGAAAUGACACCUUUUGGAACAGUAUUGAUAUGUAAUAAAAACAGAGACGUGCUGGAA